AUGCUAUGCACAACCUUUUUCUUGUUGGUGCUUGGUACAUCUACAUUAUCCAAGUUGUCUUUUAUAUUUAUUACAUUCUACAUCAACCCGGGUACAGGGUUUGGGUUCUCUCACCAGGAUCAAUUUGUGGAAAAUACAACUCAUAUUUAUCAGUUGAAGAAAAGCAUUACGCCGACCAUUGAUAUUAAAUGGAUCUGGUCUUUGAUUCUUAUUUUAUGUGCUCAAUAUCUAUUUACAUUUCUCCAUUCGCUGUGGAAAAUGAUCUUUAAAAAGACUGGAUCUAUUCGAUGUAUACCAUUUCUAGUGUCAAUGGUUACAGAAACUCUCCAUUCCAUUGGUCUAUGUACUUUUAUCUUUUAUGUAUUACCAAGCUUUGAUCCCUUGAUCGGCUGUAUGCUAACGUGGAACGUUGCAUCUAUUCCUGGAUUACUGAAAAUCUUUCUUCCCAGUGUGUCAUCUGGUUCAAAGCCGGUAAAAAACGAUUUAAAAACAAAAACCUAUGUAAGACGCUUUGUGGACACCGUAAUGGUUACAUUGCAUCUUGGAUGUAUUGCUACAUGGACCUACAACAGCUACUAUAACCAUAACAUCUACGUUACAAUACUACUUCCAAUUUCUUUGUUUCUUAUAUCCAUAUCAUGGUGGGACAACUUUGUGACAACAUCUAAAGAGAAUGACACACAGCUGAAUGGAUGUAUGUCUAGUGUCAAAGAUUCCUUGGAGGAAUGCAAGAUAAGAACAACUUUUAUAACAUCAGCAUGGAAAAUUUUUCUAACAAUAGGACUACCAGCUCUGUGUUUCUCAUACGAGCACGUCGAGUGUCUUGAAACGUUCUUCUUUACCAAACGUCAAUAUGCAAAAGACUGUUCUGUAUUUACAAAUAUUGAACUCCGAGAUUCGAGACCACCGAUUAUUGGUGUUCCAGUGACGGAAAGCUGCCAUAAUAUGCUUCCAUUACUCGUGGCAUGCCUGAACAUAUUGUCAAGUGUUAUUUGCUAUAAAACUGGAAAAUCAGCCUGUAAGAUCAUGGCGCAAGUUCCAUGCUUUACUGUACCAGUGAUGUUAUCAGGACCUUUAUGUGUGGCAAUUAUUAUAUCUACAUACACGUUUCCUGAGGAGAUCACUCGCUUCUUUGGAUGUACACUUCCAUGGGUACAUAUAGGUGACUCAGCUAUAAGUGAUUUUCUGUUACAUUUCACUUUAAAAUGGUGGAUACCCAUCGGCCUCCUUGGAUAUAUAACGAUGCUUUACAUUGUAGGACAUACGUUUACACCUCGAUCGGAACGUUUAGCCAGAACAGAAACAUUAUUUGUAAAGCCAUUGUUUUGUGGCGCUCUGGUAGAACAGUCUAUAUUAUUAAAUAGAAGGCGAGACGAAGAAGACAAUAGAGAAUACAAGGUGAGUGGCGUGUGGCUCUCUGGUGACCAGAUUGUUGAUGACUCGGAAGACAUUCCAGAUAAGAAAAAAGAUACUAUACCACUAAUCUAUAUAUGCGCUACUAUGUGGCACGAAACCGAGCAAGAGAUGAUAAAUAUGCUCAAGUCAAUCUUUCGGUUGGAUUCAGAUCAGUCGGCCAGGAAGCUUGCACAACAAUUCUUUGACUUAACAGAUCCUGAUUACUAUGAAUUUCAAGGUCAUAUUUUCUUUGAUGAUGCUUUUCAAUCCCAUUCUGACGAUGAUUAUGAUUAUAUGGUGAAUGAUUUUGUGAAACAACUUGUUAGAACGAUGCAAAAGGCAGCCAACGACGUACAUGGUGCAUCUAUGGUAAUAAAGCCUCCUAAAAGAAUUUUAACACCCUAUGGUGGUCGUCUAGAAUGGGAUUUACCCGGUGGAAAUAAGAUCAUUGCUCAUAUCAAAGAUAAAGCUAAAAUAAGACAUCGUAAGAGAUGGAGUCAGGUGAUGUAUAUGUACUACUUUCUUGGUUUCCAACUUCUCAACCAAAAACUUUCUAUGAAGCGGAAAAAAGUUCGAGCUGAAAACACAUUUCUCUUGGCUCUUGACGGUGAUGUUGAUUUUCAACCAAUGGCCGUUCAGAUUCUAGUUGACCGAAUGAAGACCAAUCCUAACUUAGGAGCAGCCUGUGGUCGUAUUCACCCAAUAGGUUCUGGUCCUAUGGUAUGGUAUCAGAAAUUUGAAUAUGCUGUAAGUCAUUGGCUAGCUAAGGCCACUGAACAUAUGUUAGGUUGUGUACUGUGUAGUCCAGGAUGUUUCAGUUUAUUUAGAGGGUCGGCUCUUAUGGACGAUAACGUUAUGAAGAAAUACACCACACCACCAACAGAAGCCAGGCAUUAUGUGCAAUAUGAUCAAGGCGAAGACCGAUGGCUGUGUACAUUAUUACUACAACAAGGAUAUAAGGUGGAGUAUGCUGCAGCCUCUGAUUCCUAUACAUUCGCUCCAGAGGGUUUCUAUGAAUUCUACAACCAAAGAAGACGCUGGACGCCUUCUACAAUGGCCAAUAUUCUAGACCUUCUAACAACAUGGAACACAACAACUAAGAAUAACGAUGACAUAUCAUGGCUGUAUAUGUUUUAUCAGGCUAGCCUCAUGGUUUCGAGUAUUAUAACCCCUGGAACGAUCUUUCUGUUGGUGCUAGGAGCAUUACGGACUGCCUAUAAAGAUAUACCAUUAUACGGAGCCUUGGUUAUUAAUUUAGUACCUGUGGUAUUUUUUGUAUUUCUUUGCUUGAAAGCACCGUCAAAGUAUCAGUUGGCCUACGCCGGUAUCCUGUCUAUAUUCUAUAGCCUGCUAAUGAUGUUGGUCCUUGUGGGAUUGGUACGACAGGCUGCUGAAUAUGGAUUCUGCUCAGUGACCACCAUCUUUCUAACCACAGUGUCAUCAAUUUUUGUCGUCUCCGCCUUCCUUCAUCCACAAGAGUUUACGUGUAUUCUGCAUGGAUUUUUGUACUUCCUGACCAUUCCAUCCAUGUCCAUGUUACUGGUAAUCUACUCUCUAGCCAACCUUCACAACGUCUCAUGGGGAACUCGCGAAGUGAAGCAGGCAGUUCCUCCGCCUAAUAAACAGGUAUUGACAAGAAUUAUUUAUGGACUUCAUUGA